AUGGCUGGUGAUCGGUGUUCUGUCUGUGAGCACAAUGUAUCCGAUGCAGCAAAAUCAGCACAAUGUUUAACAUGUCACCAUUGUAAUCGAACAUUUCAUACCUCCUGCCUUCAAUUACACCAACUACCUAAAACCCAUGAUUCAUUUUAUUGUCAAGAUUGCUCAGCUCAGCACGGUCCAAUAACGAACAAGUCGCCAACUCAGGCCUUGUCCACCACUUCGAAAACAGCAAAGCCCUCAUUUUCGGGUGCAGAUAAACAAAUAAUCCGAAAAUCAGAUAGACAGCACACUAAACUUAAUUAUGCUGACAUGAACGAAGGGCUUAUGGGAGACGAAAAGAUUUGGGAGAAAAUCAUCAACUCAAAGCAGUUUGCUGUAGACCCUUUCAAACGCUAUGACGGAGACCAAGUGACCAUCGAAUUCAUACGUCAAAAUGGCCUGAAUGAACCCAUUGUUUUUCCUCACCAAGCUGGCUUGGACAUGAUGAUGCCCGAUUCCAAUAUCACCGUUCGAGAUAUUGCCAAUUUAGUUGGUCUGGACACUCCAGUAGAUGUCAUAGAUGUCGCGACACAAGCAGAGCAGCCCGGCUGGAAUAUGGCGAAAUGGGCAGAUUACUUCCACAGUGAAGACCGAGAUAGGAUACGGAAUGUCAUUAGCUUAGAAAUCAGCGGCACCAAAUUUGCUGAACGUAUUCGCCGACCAAAGCUUGUUCGUGACAUGGAUUGGAUUGACAAUGUUUGGCCUGCUGACUUGAAAGUAAAUGAAUACCCCAAAGUCCAGCUGUAUUGUCUGAUGGGGACCAAAAACUCUUAUACCGACUUCCAUAUUGAUUUUGGUGGAACUUCGGUUUUUUACCAUAUAAUAUCGGGAUCAAAGGUUUUCUAUUUUAUCCCUCCGACACCAACUAAUGUGAGGAAAUAUGAAAAGUGGAGCUCAUCACCAGACCAACCUACAAUAUUUCUCGGUGAUGAAGUCAAAGAGUGCUACAAAGUGCAUAUCACGGCUGGUCAUACCAUGAUAAUUCCAUCAGGAUGGAUACACUCUGUUUUCACGCCAGAAGAUUCUAUCGUUAUAGGAGGUAAUUUUUUACAAGGUUAUGCAAUGGAACAGCAGCUCGAUAUAUAUGAGUUGGAAGAUAGGACCGGCGUACCGCAAAAAUUCAGAUUCCCUUAUUUCUUACGGAUGAACUGGUAUGCUGCUGAGAAAUAUGGAAAACUUCUGCAAGAUCAUCCAGAACAAGUUAGUACGGUCGAAUUGAAAGGGUUGAAGAGGUUGGCAGAUUACCUGCUAUCAGAGACAGAGUACCUGGAUUCAAAAAUGGGCACUACUGACAAACGACGCCAAGUGCGGCAAGACAUACCCAGCACUAUCAGCGAUCCUGUGGGACUUGUCAAGCAGCUUUCAAAUAAUGUAGAAGCCGCGCUAGCAAACAUACCCACAGUCGCGACACCAACCACCAAGCGCGGUCUCAAGGUCAAGUUGAAAGUACAGCCAACUCCUAGUACCAAGGAACCGGCAAAGCAACCGCGAUUGAAGCUGAAAGUCAAGCAGGUGCCAGCAGGGCGACCGAAAAAAGAGGAUGACGACUUUGUAUAUGAUGAUAGUCAAUAUUUCGAUGAAGAGAUUGAUGAGGAUGUCCUUGCUGCUGAAGACGAUGAUGAUGAGUAUGUUCAGGCCGAAGGACAGCGAAAAGCGGUGGCGGCAAAACGACCCAAACCAGUGGGAACAGCUUCGGGAACACCGACCAAGCGCAAGCAUAGCGACAAGAAAACAUAUCAUGACGAUAGUAGUGAUGACGGUCUUGGUACUGGCACAGUGAAGGCCAAACGGGUCAGCCAAAAGAAUGCAGGCGAAGCAGCAGCUGAGAAGAAAAACAAGGGAUCAGUCAAACAACGUUUGCUAAAUCGAAUAAAAAAGAAAUAG